GGGAGGGGCGGGGGGGGUGUGGGGGAGCGGCGGGGUUAGUGCAGGCGGGUUCGGGCCCAAACUCCCCCCCCGCCCCGAAGUGGGGGAGACCCCGCGCGGCGGGCAGAGCCGAGGCGCGGAGCGGCGGCGUCCCGGCGGCGGGGCAGGACUGGGGGCGUGAUGGAGGUGGUGGCUUAAGGACGCCGCUCCUGCACCGGAACAAUUAAAGCGGGGAAGAGGCUUGAGUCGAUGGUGUUGGGGGCCUCCCGCCGUCCCUAUGGCCGCCGUGCCCGGCGCGGGGCCGGCGGCUGCGGAUCCGCGGGUGCUGGCCCUAGCGGCUCAGGUCACGGAGGGCAGAGAACAGGACACCCCCCUGCUACUUCUCAAGUUAAAGGGAAUUUUAAAUAGUGCUUCCCUGGGAGGUGAAGAAUCAAAAAAAAUUAAGCAAGAUAUAUACAAUUAUGAUCUUGCUCAGUACUGCAUGUUGGUCCUCAGACAAGACCACUCUCAAUUGCGUGGAGGCUGGGCUACUGCUGCCCAGCUAGCAGAGAUACUAAGUCAUUGUUGUGUAGGACUAGAGGUGAAAGAAGAUCCUGAGGAAUUUUACAAGAAAUUUCUUCCUUCAGCUAUAGACAACAUGCUGUUUUUGGGAAGACGCUUGCAAGCACGAUUUAUCCGAGCAAUCAAGGAUGAAGAAAAACAAGAUUUUUUACACUGGUUCCAAACAGUAACUGAUGCCAUCUGCUGGCUGUUCGGUGGGCAUAUUCAACUAGCAGCCUGUGUACUGCAAAAUGAUCACUUCCUGCAGUUGUUAAUAACAGAUGACGUUGAAACAGCAAGUAUAAUGAUGUCUGUUUUACACAACAUUUUGAGGGUCAAUAGUUCUGUCUUGCUUCACGUUGAUGACAAGACCCUUCACUCUGUUUUGGAUGAACUUGUUUACAAGCUUUCAUCUACCACCAAUCCUGUCAUAGGAAAUGCUGCUACAAAACUGCUAUUGUUGGUGGCAAAAUUUUGCAGGCAGCUUGUGAAGAUACUCACAGCUCGCUACAAAGGAUUAAAAGGGCUUUUAAGCAAACAGUGGACUGGCAAAGGAUUUGACAGGGAUCUCAGCCAACUCUUGGACCUGCUGUACUUGGAACAGUCCAAUGGAAAAGGAGAAAUAGAGAGGCAGCAUCAAGCAGCUUGUACAAUCCAGGCUAUGUGGAGGGGAUUUCAGACAAGGAAAAGGCUGAAAAAACUGCCCCAAGCAGUGACCACUUUACAGAGAAGCUUCAGAGCUAAACGGGAACAGGAGCUGCAGCAUUUAAAAAAACAGAAGGAAGACGAAGCUCUACAACUGCAAAUGCAACUUCAGAGACAGAGGGCCAUGCGACUCUUCCAUGAACGACAGCUGGCCUUACUGGAAAUAAUCCAUGCCAGUCAGGUAAAUAAGUACCUGGAGGAAAUGGAGGGGAAAUCAGCAUUAACUAUCCAGAGAUUCUGGCGAGGGUAUAGAGCAAGAAGAUAUUUUCAUCAGCAGAGACAAUCUCUUAAAGAGUAUAAAGCAGCUGUUGUCAUUCAGAGAGCAGCAUGUAAAUUCUUGGAAAAACGAAGAAGGAGGAGACUUCUCUCUCCUUGGAAAGAUCCCAAAGGACUGACUGAUGAGCAGAGACUAGCUUUGCAGCAGAAGGUGGAUGACUACAUCAGAUUGCAUCCGGCUCCCCAAAUGUCAGAAGAAAUGAGUAAAGAAUUACAUUUGCAGGCCCAGGAAAAGCUGGCACAGUUCCUGCUGAGGAGCAGACUGGAUCAGAGAGCCGCACAGCGGAGAGAGACAUUACUGGCUCAGGUCAACACUGAUGUGGAGCUGCUAAUGAAUGCUCCAGGGUUAGCAGAGACCACAGAAAAAGAUCUUGAUGUCUUUAUGAGUCGAUCAAUCCCCAUAGCUACCAAGGCAAGACAAUCCCACAACACUAUGCUGAAACAUGCUCGCUGGCCAUGGUGGAAGAAGCUUGGGGAUGAGUUUGGGGAGGACUAUGUCAUUCCUGAUGAUGCCCUAAAUGCAGAACUGGGAACUCUGUUUAUUGGUGGAAGGAAGUCCUUUUAGGUAACAGGCAGAAGAGUUUCUUACUCAACAAGACUCGUACCUUGCAUUAUGCAUUUGCUUGCACGUGUUUUUACAGAAGCAAAACACUUGAACUGUAAGACAAAGCACUGGAAAAGACCAAAGCCUUAUCUUAGUGCAUUUUACUUAAGAGCCUCUUUCUGUACAUCAACGGUUAGAUCCUAUUGAUUGUGGUGUUGCAAAUAGGGUUCAAAUACUGUAGUUGUAGAUGAGGAUAUUUUUUGAUUUGUAUCACUUUAAAAGUAAGUUUAUA